GUCUUCUCCGCCGAGUCGUGCGUGAAGAGACACUGGCGGGUGUGUGCUCGUGUGUGCGGUUUGCGCGCGUGGAGCCGAGAGGCUACCGGGACAUGUCACAGUUCACUCAGGGAGUCUGAGGAUCAAAACAGGUAGAAGUGCUCAACAGCGUACCCGAGAUGAGGACCCAUUGUGAUAUGUUGUUUUUGUUGACCCUGUGUGUGGUCUACUCUGAUGCUUGGUUUUGGUCCUGGACCGGGACCACCACUCCGGCCCCGUUAGCGGAUCACGAGGGCUCGGGCACUCCCGCGGGUAGUGGGGAAAUACCAGCUGAGAGUCUUGCAAGUACUGGGCCGGAGAUCAUGGAAGACCGACGUGGACGUGGUCAGCAAAGUGUGGAGAGGACUUGGCAGGAGACGACCGAAGCUCUUCAAGUGCUUACAGUUGCACCCACAGUGGAGCUUGAGCGUACAUCAGCCUAUGGCACGACAGAGAUCUCACCCAGGACAAGUAAACCUGGUCAUGAAACGUCUUCGCUAACAGAAGACAGCGGCGUCUCCCUGCUGCAGCUGAUCGGGGACCCUCCUCCGAAUGAGAUCACGCGAGUUUACGGGCCAGACGGCAGUCCCGGCUACGUGUUUGGCCCCGACGCCAGCACGGGCCAGUUGGCCCGCGCCCACCUGCCGAGUCCAUUCUACCGGGACUUUUCGCUCAUCUUCAACUUGAAACCCACGUCGGAUCGGGGCGGCGUGAUCUUCUCUGUCACAGACGCCACGCAGCAGAUCAUGUAUGUGGGCGUCAAACUGUCAGCCGUGCAGGGCGGCAACCAGAACGUGAUCCUGUACUACACCGAGCCCGACUCGGAGACGUCAUACGAGGCCGCCAAGUUCCUCGUACCCUCUCUGAGGGAAAAGUGGACCCGUUUUGCUAUCGCGGUAAAGGAUGACAAGGUCAAGUUCUACCUGAACUGUGACAUCGAUCCUCAAGUGAAGCGCAUCGAAAGGUCCCCCGAUGAGAUGGCGCUGGAAGCUGGCGCCGGCGUCUUCGUUGGGCAGGCUGGAGGCUCGGAUCCCAGCAAGUUCCUGGGUGUGAUCAGCGAGCUGAGGGUGGUGGGAGACCCCCGUGCCGCUGAAAGGCACUGCGAAGACGACGACGACGACGAGGACUCAGACAUGACUUCAGGAGAGGGAAGUGGUGAUGCGGAAAGCAGACCUUCUAAACCAGCCGUAGAAAAACACACAUGGACGACGGCUCCGCCUCCUUUGAGGCCUAUUCAGCAACCACCGGUCGCCAGGCAAGAGGAGACGUCGACUGUGAGACACACAGGCUCCAUCGGGGCCAAAGGAGAGAAAGGAGAGCGAGGAGAGAAAGGGGACCGCGGCGUGGCGGGCCCAAAAGGAGAGGCCGGUUACAGCACGGCAGUGAGCUCGCAGGGCGGUGCUCGAGGGGGAAAGGGGGAACCUGGAGAAAAGGGAGCGAAGGGCAACGCCGGAUUUGGCUACCAAGGAAAGAAGGGAGAACCCGGCCCCCCCGGCCCACCGGGGCCUCCCGGGUCUGCGGGAAUGCCAUCGGACGUCUCUGUGUGCCAAGACGGCUCCGUUGCUUCCUGCGUCCCGGGUGCUCGAGGACCACCCGGACCACCGGGUGUCCCUGGUGCCCAGGGACCGCCGGGAGAGGACGGAGAACCAGGCGAUCCCGGUGAAGACGGCAAACGAGGUGUUGAUGGACCCCCGGGCUUCCCAGGAACCCCUGGAGAUCCCGGAACGAAAGGAGAGAAGGGAGAGCGCGGCGAUGGUCAGCCCGGUGCCAGAGGGCCACCGGGUCCUCCCGGACCGCCGGGACCAGGAAGCAGAUCUACUUACGUGGACAUGGAGGGCUCAGGAUUCCCUGAUCUGGAAUCAAUUCGGGGCCUGCCAGGGCCACCGGGCCCAGCGGGCCCACCAGGUCCACCUGGGGUUCCCGGUGUUGCUCCACCAAACACAGCUUUGAGCUCGGGAGCAAUCGGACCACCGGGACAAGAUGGGGCACCUGGUCAACCUGGCUUGCCCGGUCUACCGGGUGUCGAUGGCCAACCGGGAGCGCCUGGCCCAAGGGGAGAAAAGGGUGACUCUGGUGUGCUUGGUCAUCCAGGACCAGUUGGACAGAAGGGCGCUCAAGGAGAGUCCGGCUUACCCGGACCGACGGGUGAGCCCGGAUUGGCUGGUUUGCCCGGACCAAUGGGACCGGCUGGGCCACCCGGACCUCCCGGGCCUCCUGGACCAAGAUACCGUGUUGGAUUUGAUGACAUGGAGGGAUCUGGUGGGAUUUUCUCCAACGGGCUUCCUGGCGUCCGAGGACCUGAAGGAAGGCAGGGUCCACCUGGCCUGCCUGGACUUCCAGGUAAACCAGGCUUGCCCGGCCUCGCCGGUCAGAAGGGCAGCGAGGGUCCUGAAGGAAGAGACGGGCAACCGGGAUUGGACGGCUUCCCCGGAGUUCAGGGACCAAAAGGGGAAAGAGGGGACAGAGGAGAGAGGGGUGAACCAGGCCGCGAUGGAAGCGGAGUUCCCGGACCGCCAGGCCCACCUGGACCACCCGGGCAAAUCGUCUACCAAUCAUCGGACAACUUUGAUGGUGUUGUUGGCAGUGUUGGACAUCAGGGAGGACCUGGUGUGCCGGGUAGAGCUGGAUUCCCUGGUCCUAUGGGUCCAAAGGGCGACACGGGAGAUCCCGGACCUCCAGGUUUUGGCAUCAAGGGCGAGAAAGGCGAGCCCGGUCUGGUCAUCGGCCCCGAUGGGGGGCCCCUCUUUUCGGCGGGGCUAACGGCUUUCAAAGGAGAUCGAGGCCCUCCUGGACCGGUGGGACCCCCUGGACAAUAUGGACCUCACGGAAUUAAGGGUGAAAUCGGAAUGCCUGGGAGACCGGGUCGGCCUGGUGUAAACGGUUACAAGGGGGAGAAAGGAGAGCCGGGCUCUGGCUUUGGCUACCCAGGGGUUCCUGGCCCGCCGGGACCACCAGGGCCACCCGGACCAGCCGGACCCUACGAUCGCUUCAGCCACUAUGAUGGAACCUCCAGGAACUAUCCAGCAAUCAAAGGAGAAAAGGGUGAACGCGGCCUUCCGGGCGUUCCCGGAACGGGCUCCAAUUUUGAUCUUCACACACUCAGGAAUGACCUAAAGGGAGAGCAUGGUGACCCGGGAAUGAAGGGAGAAAAGGGGGAACCCGGUGGCUAUUAUGAGCCUCGAUUUGGAGGACCUCUAGGCCCACAAGGGCCUCCUGGCAAACCGGGUUUACCAGGUCCAAAAGGAGAUUCUAUCAUGGGUCCACCCGGACCUCAGGGUCCAGCUGGUCCAGCAGGGAUCGGUUAUGAUGGCCGCCCAGGUCCUCCAGGACCGCCCGGACCACCCGGACCGGCGACAUCCCCCUCGCUGCCCGGCGCCUUUUGGCCCAGUCAAACUGCCAAUGUACCGGGACCUCCUGGUCCUCCUGGCCCACCCGGAAGUCCUGGACACUCAUCUGGAGUCACAGUUCUCAGGUCCUACGACACGAUGCUCGCGACUGCCAGACGGCAGGCAGAAGGCAGCCUCAUCUACGUCAUCGACAAAGCCGACCUCUAUUUAAGAGUCCGCGACGGACUGCGGCAAGUCAUGCUCGGAGAUUACAACCCCUUCUUCCGAGAUUUGGAAAACGAGGUGGCAGAGGUUCAGCCUCCGCCUGUCAUCUUGUACCCGCAGUCCCACGACAACAACGGAGCCGGCCACUACUCCCAGAGCGUUUCCGACGUGCGGCCCAUCCAGCCGCCGUCACGCCAGCCCGCGGAGCCCCUCUACCCUUCGCGUUAUGAUCCCAGGUUCCCAGACCGCAGGCAGUCGGGUCAGACGGACGGCAGACGGGCGACGGGACAGGCUGAGAACAGAUACCCCGUCACUCCCCAACGACGACCCAGCCCACCUUUAGCGCAACCUGCGGUCCACGCGGACAAGUCAGCAUCGGGGCUCCAUCUCAUCGCCCUGAACGCCCCUCAAAGUGGGAACAUGCGAGGAAUUCGUGGGGCCGACUUCUUGUGUUUCCAGCAGGCCCGUAGCGUUGGCCUGAAGGGGACCUUCAGAGCCUUCCUAUCCUCCAAGCUCCAAGACCUUUACACCAUUGUCCGCAGGUCGGACAGGGACACCUUGCCCAUUGUCAACCUGAAGGAUCAAGUGCUAUUUGACAGUUGGGAAUCCAUCUUUGAUGACAACACCGGGGAAAUGAGGAGCGGCGUACCAAUUUACUCAUUCGAUGGCAGAGACGUUCUCAGGGACAGCACGUGGCCCCACAAAAUGCUGUGGCACGGCUCGAGCGACAAAGGUCACAGGCAAACGGACCACUACUGCGAAACGUGGCGGGCGGGCGAGCAGGCCGUGACGGGGCUGGCGUCGGACCUGCAGAGCGGCCGCCUCCUGCAGCGGCACUCCCGCAGCUGCUCCAACGCCCACAUCGUCCUGUGCAUCGAGAACGCCUCCACGUCACACUCCCAAAAAUAAGGACCAUUCUCCAGGUUGUCGUUUUGUUUUUUUGUAUCAUUUUAAUUCUCACCUAAUAUUCUUUGGCGUCCAAUGAACUUGCCCAGCAGCUUUUUUUUUUGGCCUGGCAGAGUGGCCUUUGCGUGGCAGGCUUCUUCCCUCCAAGAAGGCCAAAGAGAUUGGGUUGGACGGAGGGUUCCUUUUGUCUCGAGGGCACAUUUUAUUUUCUUCUAAGGGUUGAACGAGCGUU